AUGAGCACUGCAGAUCAGCAAAAGCCUCACAGAAAAGAAAUCAGUCAGCUGGUAUCUGUUGAAUUCAGUAUAAUUAAGAACUCAAGCACAACUUUACAGUAUUGCUUCGCUCUCCCGGGCGCGCUCUUCCGGCCCCGCGGCGGCCGAGCCCAAACACUUCCGUUCCGGGGGCUCGCAGGGCCGCGGAGCCCGGGAGGAGCCGGGCGGGCUGCGGCGGCGGCGGGGCCGGAGCCGAGGGAGCGGCUAACCAUGUAUUUAAACUCGUCUACACUUUUAAAUGAAGAAAACUCUCAAGGACUAAAAAGAAAUACUGAAUGUUUGGAAAGUCAAGAAUUGCAGACUCCAUCAUCGUUUCAAGAUAACCCACUUCAACAAUUACAGUUAGCAUCGCAGGAAGUACUUGAAAAGGCAAAAAAGAGUGGGAGAUCAAAGUGCCCACGAUGCAGUAGUUCAAGGAUGUUUUAUUGUUAUACAUGCUUUGUUCCUGUUGAAACUGUCCCUACCAAAGAAAUUCCGGUUGUGAAGUUACCUUUGAAGAUUGACAUUAUUAAACACCCAAAUGAAACUGAUGGCAAAAGCACUGCUGUGCAUGCUAAGCUCCUGGCACCUGAUGAUGUUACAAUUUAUAAAUACCCUUGCAUUCCAGAAUAUGAAGAAAAAAGGCAUGAAAUAGCACUUAUCUUUCCUGGCCCCAAUUCAAUUUCAGUGAAAGAUAUUGCUUUCCAUCUCCAAAAAAAUGCUAAGAAAGGUGUUUAUGACAAUGAUGAUGGCUGUUCCAGAGAGCCAUUUCUUAAGCAAGCAAAAAUAGACCCUGAAGAAGAAAAAAAUAUAAAUGAAUGCAUCUCAAGCAACAGGAGUGAAGGAACUAGACUGAAGAAAAUUAUAUUUAUUGACAGUACCUGGAAUCAAACUAACAAAAUAAUAACUGAUGAACGACUUCAAGGGCUGCUACAAAUUGAGUUGAAAACAAGAAAAACUUGCUUUUGGCGUCAUCAAAAGGGAAAGCCAGAUACAUACCUUUCCACAAUAGAAGCAAUUUAUUAUUUCCUUGUAGACUAUCAUCAGGAGAUUUUGAAAGAGAACUACAAAGGGCAAUAUGACAAUCUCCUUUUUUUCUUUUCAUUUAUGUACACUCUGAUUAAAAAUGCUAAGUGUUGUGCAGGGAAAGAAUAAACCAAGAUGACCAUA